AUGAGCACUACAGCAAUGGCACUGCCGGUACCCUUCCUGCAAGCUCGGCGAAACCAGUCGGCGCACUUUUCCGUGUUCGCGCUGCUCUUUGCAGAGACGAUAUCGUAUUUUCAGAACAGAGUCGACUCCAUCGCUGAGCUAGAGGAGCGACUGCUGGACCUUGGCCAACAAAUCGGUCGACGAGUACUGGAACUGGUGUGGCUUCGAGAAAAGUUCACCCGAAGGGAAAUCGACGUUCUUGGUGCGCUGCGCUUCACCACCACGACAGUAUGGCGCUUCCUUUUCGGCAAGUUUGCUGACUCGCUGGAGCGAGUGAAAGACAAGGAGAACGAGUAUAUUAUUGUGGACAAUACGAUGCUGUUCGCUCGUUUCAUCAGCGUGCCAACGGAACUGGAAGGCUUGAACUGCAAUGCGCUCAUAGCGGGCAUCGUUCAAGGAGUACUGACAGCAAGUGGUUUCCCCUGCCGAGUCGAUGCACAUCAGGCACCACCGGCAGACGCAAGCGAAUAUGUGUCGCGAUCGCUGUUUUCCAUCAGGUUCUUGCCCGAAAGCAACCAUACGUUCUGA